GAAGUGUGACUUAAGUGGAGACUCAUUUCGCCCUGCGCCGCCUGCGUGCGCUUUGUAUUGUGUUGAGACUCUCCCAUGUCUGUGCAGUUUAAUUUUUCAGUUUUUUGGUGUGACUAAGUCUCACUAGGUUAUGUCCACUUCUGAAGCGGUAGUUUAAAAAAUUACGAAUAUAAUACAGUACAUUAAAAAAAAUGAAGCUAAUGUUUAGAGUGACUGGCGAGCCCAAACCCCAUAAUAGAUUUUGAAAUACCCGCGUUUUUGUGGACAUAGCCUAAAGCAGCACAUACAGUACAAGCACCGCUUUCUCCCACAGGUUACUACGGCCCACCAAAGAACGUAUCAAUGCAAAUGCCCUGCAGACUUGAGCUGUUCUUCGUCAUCGUUGAAGCAUCCAUACUGGGCUGAAAUACCGCUGAAGGUUCCCGCGGUUGACCCCCUGGAAGCCCGAGCGGGACGGGGGGAAGAGAGGGUGCACCUUUGCGCAGAGACAGCCUCGGCGCCCGAGAGCCUCCUCCGGGUGCACAAAGGCAAGCGGCACGCAGUGCAACUUCGCUCGGCACGAGUGAACCGGCCACACCGAACACGCUCCGGGAUCCGCCACAUCGGCUCGCGAAAGCUCCUUCGACACACCGCCCUAGCAGCCCUCAUCCAGGAGAUACACGGUCCUCAACGUCAUUUUCAUCCAUCCAUCCCAUUUUCAACACCGCUGAACAGAGUCACGGAAGGGGGCGGUUGCUGGAGCCUAUUCUUGGUGACUUCGGGUGGAAGGCUAACCACAUCCGAACCGGUCGCCGGUCUGUCACCGGGCACAUAUAGAGACGAGCAGCCGUCCACAACCGUCACUGGGUGGGAGCGAAUCCCUCGCUACCGGCACACAAGUCAGGCGAGUGCACCACACCACCAUCAGUGACUUAAUUUUCAUCUCUGCUGUUGUUCACCACCCCACCUCCCCCUCACCUAAUGUGUCAUUUCUCAUGAUUCAGGUGAAGGCGCAGGCAGUGUACGCGGAGUCUCGGCACCAUGGUGAAGACCAAGUCAUCCGGGAGGAAGAGCUCUCACACUGUCCGCCAAGAGUCGCCUCAACCAGAUGCGGAGCAAAGUCCACACCGCGUCUCUGACCAGCCGUGCACUCCCGCGCCCACCGAAGAAGCGGCUAAAAAGCCCCCAGAAUCCCCAGUGGACGUUCAGGCGAAGGGCGACUGCUCCGCCCAAGCUAAGCCGCUGUGGAGGCCCAUCCCCCCUCUGCUCCCAGAGCCCGAUAAGGUCUCCGCCCCCGACACCGGGGACCAGAGCUGCCAGACCGAGGACUGGCUGCACCAGACCGCCGCUGGAACUCACCACGCAGGUCACUGCGUGGAGCCCGGAGACCCUCCCGUGCUCCAACAACCCCUGCACACUUCCAAAUCGGGGAUUCACCAGAUCAUUGAAUGUUUUCGUUCAGGCACCAGCCAGCUUCGGCACAUGCUUCUGAGGGAGGUGGACACCAUCUUUGAGUGCAAGGUGUGUCGAAGUCUCUUCCGGGGCCUGCCCAACCUCAUCACGCACAAAGAGUACUACUGCCUGUCACGUUUGCCCGAGUAUGACGGCGAUGACCGACAGAGCGUGGCCUUUCAGGAUUUGACCGACAUCAUCUACCACCGAGCGGACCGACAGGACUACGUGGUCCGACUUGAGCCCAUCCAGACCAGCAGCAAGGCCAUGUACCAGUACCUCACCACCGAGGAGGAAUUGGCUCGCUAUCCGUCACGAGCGCCCAGCGCCAGGGAGAGUCCGGUCGCAUGGGAAGGGGAAACGGGAGAGGCUGAAAACAACCAGACCGCCCAGCCCCGCGGUCCAGAGAGCCCAACGCACAGCCAGGGCCGGAAAAAGUGGGACGCGGAAGAGGAGGAGGCCAAAGAAGAAGCGCCGCAACCGGAGGACGAGGGAUCCACGAGUGGGGUGGAGGACGUCACGAUCUCGUGCUGUCUAUGCGGCCAGGACUUCAACUCGCGCCGCAGCAUCCGACGGCACUGCCGCAAAAUGCACAAGACCAAAUUGGAGGAGCUCCGUAAAUUUACGGACACGCGGACCGUCCCGACCAGCCUGCUGUCUAUGGUGAAAGGUCGGCCCCAAUCUCUGAGCGCACCCCCCGGCAAGUCGUGCCCCGUGUGCCUCAAAGUGUUCGCCACCAAAACCAACGUCCGCCGCCACUUUGACGAGGUGCACCGGGGCCUGCGGCGGGACGCCAUCACCCCCGCCAUCGCCUCGCGGCCCGGCCAGCCGCUGUCUCUGGAGUCCACCCCUCCCAAGAAGGGCGGCGCCGCCUCGCCGCCGCGAAGCGGCAACUCAAAGGCCGGCCCCAUCAACGCCAAAGCGGCGCUCCCCAACCAGAACCGCGCCAAGCCUACUAGUCAACCUCGCAACUCCGCGCAGCCGGCGAGCCGCUGCACGCUGUGCAAGAGGAACUACAGCUCACAGCUGAUGUUGAAGAGACACAUGCGGAUUGUCCACAAGAUUUACAGCAUCAAAAGCAACCGGUUGGGGACCGCGUCUGCCUCCACGACGCAAACUGCACACGCGACCAACAACAACAGCGGCGGUAGAGUGUUGCCUAGCAACAACGUCCAAGUCAAACAGGAAGCGGUUGACCAUUCAGAAGACGAGCAAGAAGAGGACAUGGACCAAAGCCCGCCCGCGUCUCCCGCUCAGAGCACCGGCUCAACAAAAAGCGCCGCUGCGGUUCCCGCCGCCCUGAAAGUGAAGGAGGAGGAGACCGCGUGGAGCCCGAAGGCGGCGGCGGCGGCAACCGCCACCUUGACCGGGAGUCAGGCGGCCAAAAGCAAACUGUCGGUGGGCUUCGACUUCAAGCAGCUCUUCUGCAAGCUGUGCAAACGGCAGUUCAGCUCGCGUCAGAACCUGUCCAAGCACAUCGAGCUGCACAUGGACGGCAACGACAUCUUCAUCAAGUUCUACCGCUGCCCGCUGUGCCGCUACGAGUCGCGGCGCAAGCGCGACGUCCUGCGCCACGUGACGGUGGUGCACAAGAAGUCCUCGCCCUACCUGGCGAAGAUCAUGCCCAAACUGGAGAGCCGGGCGGUCAAGAGACUCGCCGAGGCCGUCCUCAACAGCGCCAAUCCCAAGAAGGCGGUCGGCGGCGGCGGCAAGGGGGAAGUCGACAAACGCCACGCGACCCCCGCGCCCUCCCCCUGCCCGCCGCCUCUCAUCACCCGCAAGCAAGACGGCGCCGCGUCGGUGUCCUCGCCGCCGCCUGCCGCCCCCGCUCGGAAAACGCAGGAGCCGCCGCCGCCGACUCCGUCACCCGCUCCCUCCCCGCCCGUCACGCGCAAGCAGGACAGGCAACAGGCGCACCAGCCGCGCCCCGCCAGCCCCCCGAUGACCCGCCGCAGCGACAAACACUCGCAUCACCGUAACCCGUCGUCCGCCUCGGGGCCGCACACCCGCCGCCAAGACGCGCCGUCCGAGAGCGGCGUCGCCGGAUCGUCUUCUACCGAAGUCCGAGUGACCAAGAACUUCUCCUUGCACGCCUGCGACCAGUGUGGGCGCGCCUUCGCAAAGAAGUUGUACUUGGAGUCUCACAAGCGAAGUCACCGCAACGCAGCGACGGCGGCGGCCAGCAGGAGGAAAGGUGUCAGCACGCGCUCCAAGUCGCUCGUGUGGUGAAAAAAAAGAACAAAACGCAGUGUAAGAACUCUCUUGAUACACUUUGCCCGUACUUCACCCCCUCCUCCAAAUUUUCCCUUUAUACUCCCCGCCCCCUCCCCAACACACACCCACUUCACCUGCACCCCCUCCCCUCGGCCCCCCCACGGCCGCAACAUUCACCACACAAAAAGCCAGAGUGCAUACUUGAAUUAGUGUUUUCAAAGGUGCGUUUGUAACUGUCCCCCACCCCCACCCCUCACGUAUGUCGAAUACGGAUCCCGUGAAGAGCAGAAACGAAACGUUUACCAGCUGUUUCCUUCUUUUAUGUCGAUGCGAAAUUGAGCUCUUUUGUCUCGUGCCCCCCCCCACCCUGCCGCAUUUCCUCCCACUUUCCGUCUCCUCCCCGGCUGGCACAAUGCUUCGAUUUCGGAAAGUUGAUUCAAAAAGUGGACAGAUGAAGGAAACAAACAAGAAGUGAAGAACGAAGUUCCAACAAUUUUUGUUAACCCCCCCCCGAAGAUAUCCUAUUUGUUUGGGAGCAAUGGAGUGGAACUGCAGAUGAAAGCAGCCUGUCACGCCAAAACUGUCCAGCAGAUGGUGCUGCCACCCAUGAAAACUAUUGGGCGCGUUUGAAAUCACGGAGAACGAUUGAUGGAUGUCGAUGAAGAGCUACCCCCCCCCGCCCCCCCCCCACCCCAACACGUUUUGGUGGACAAAUCACCAAUUCCAAACCCUACAAUCUUACUUCAGAAAUAAUAUAAAGAAUUUAUAGUAUGUAUAUAGAUAGAUGUAUUUCCUUACACUUGAAUGGUCAGUGUGAGCCACAUUGUUUGAUUAUCCGGAACGUUUGAGUUGAAAAUAAAUUCUCGUAUUCUAAAGGUUGAAUUCCAAAAUGUGACCCAGGACAGAAAAAUCCCCAAAUUUGUUCAGACUUCCCUCCAAUUGGAGGACGUGACUUUUUGAUUUUGCAUUUGCGUCCUUAAAUGUCUACCUUUACUGAUUUAGUAGCUUUAACCGAGAAGUUGAUUUGAAAAGUCUUUCAUUUAGGUGCUCAGGUAGUCUGCGAAACACUGGUGAGAUGAAGACCAAAUGUAAAUAACGUUCACACAGAAAAAGCCCGGAAAUGGAAUAAAGGCCUGAAACUUUAUUUUUAUACAACAGAAGAGACACACGAGUGCUAUGGGAAAGGUGGAAAUGUAUAAAUUAUUCUUCCUCUGUGGAUGUGUUAUUAGAUGAAAUAGUCACAAUAGUUGACGUCAAAUAUGUCUGACCAGUCUGAGCGUUUUAGAGCGACGACACUCAAGGUAUGCCGGAGACUUUAUUUUUUUUCCAUGUUGCCAUCUGGAGUUAGCUACUUUUCAAAUGGGAUCAGAAUGUACAAACCACACACAAAUAAACGUGGAAACUUAA